UACUCGCUAAAAAUUGGGACGGGCACUCUUGUUUAUAUGUCAAAAUGUAAAAUUUUGCAGAUUAUUGCAUGUUUAUCCUUGUAAAUAUUUUUGGAUAUGGUUUUCUGAAGUUGUAUUGACUAUGCUUAGCAAUGGACAUUAGUGAGGAUAAUGUGCAAAUGCUCCUCAGCAUGGGGUUUCCCUCUGAGUCUGAGAUUCGGAGAGCACUCCGCAUGGCCAAAAAUGAUUUGAAUGAUGCAGUUGCGUAUCUCACUAAUGACCACCCGGUUGUUUCUUACGACACUUUGGAUGAUGUUGAUGUAGAAAUGAAAGAAGUUGUGUCAAGAAGUUCUUCAGGUCCUCUAUAUGGUCCACAUCUUCCACCUACUUAUGAUGAAGCAGUCGAUGCUGAGUAUGAUGGAGGCAAUGUUAAUGGUGAUAGUCACAAUAUGUCUGUAUCAGCAAUGGAUGAGAGUGAUAACAUGGAAUUCCCAGUAACCAAUCUGUAUGAAUUAGAGGGCAGAGUUUUUACAGAAACUUGGAAUAUUCCAUAUAAGAAAGAAGAAAGCCUGGGAAAAUGUCUGAUAUCUGCAGCUAAAUUGGCUGAGGCUGGCCUGGCAGAUAAUGAUGAAAAUUGUUUCCGCUUUAUGGACAAAUGUAUGCCAGAGGCAUUUUCUAAGCUGUUAACAUCUGCAGCAGUUCAUAAAUGGGGUAGUGAAAUACAAGAAGGUAUAUUUGAUAUGUUAAAUUUGUUGAUUGAUUUGGUUGUGGCACGACUUAAACAACAACCUGUACCCGUUGGGUUAUUGGAUGUCUUGACAUUGGCUUUUGAUCCAGAAACAGAGUUUCAUUAUAAGAAUCGAGCUAGACGAGAUACACAUGGUGGUUGGGAAGAUAAAUUUGAAGAUGGAGAACCUGUGGCUGUUAUACCUAUUGGCAGUUAUAAAUCUCAGAACCCCUAUGGUUGGUUAACACAUCUUGUCAACAGAUUUGCUUCAAAAGGAGGAUUGGAAUUGGUUAUAAAGAUUUUGGAAAAUGAUGAAUUAGAUGCUCCUGUGAUGGCUUCAUUGUUAAAACCAUUUGGUAUUUGUUCUGAUUUUCUUAACUCUCAGUUAUUAAAAAAUUUAUUGGGACCAGGAAUGGAUAGAGCUAAUAAAUAUGUGAAAGGAUUAGAAGAAAAAGAUUUAAAAGAAAAGAAAAUUGGUAGUGUAUCCAAUCUAUUGGCUUCAAUGAAGUUAUUGUGUUUAAAUAUGUGGCAACAAAAUGUUGAUGCUAUAGAUGAACUGCGUCUAGAGGUAGCACUUAGAAUGUUAAAAUCUCCAAACUUUAAUGCCAAGAUGAAUUCAUUAAAAGAGGUGACCAAAUUGAUCGAAGAAUCAACUAGUUCAAAAAUAUCUAAAACAGCCAUUUUAACAGACAAAAUCUUAGAUUGGUUGGUAGAAAAUAAGAUAUUAUCAAUAGCUCUUGAAGGGAACAUUGACCAAGCUCAAUACUGUGAUAAAAUCAAGAACAUUGUAGAUUUUUUAGGAAGUAAAUUAUCAGUAGAUGAAUUAACCAUGAUUUGGAAAAUGCAGAAUGGCCAGACUAAUAAUGUGAUAGAUAAUAUACAUUCUAUAGUAGCUGCUGCAGCGGUUAAAUUUGAUCCACAACAAUUAGAACAUCUAUUUUUACUAAUACAAAAGAAAUGGCAAGAUGAUAGUAAUAGAAUGAGAGAGAAAUUACUGAGUUUAAUUGGUAAAAUAGGAAAAGAUGCCAGACUUUCUAAAACAACGACUAGAGUGUUAGAGUUAUUAUGGGAUUUAGCCCACUUACCUGUUUUAUCAACACAUCUAAUAGAACAAGCUUUAGAUGAACAUCAUGCUAUACUCAGUGAUUCAUAUAGUGUUAAAGAACAAGUUAAAUUACAAUAUGUUAAUAAAUGUGUAGAAGAUAUUAAAAAGGGUGCUUGUGUUCUACCAGCUUUAAGACAGUUGAUAAACAUCAGUAAAAAUAUCAUGAAACAAAGUCAACAUAAAACAGACAAGGGAGUUCUAUUAGAAUUGAAUAAGAAUUGUGAUAUUAUUAAACUAGUUACUAAUAGUUUAAUUAAAUGUCAUAAACAAGGUGUAUGUUGUGUUGGUGAUGGCCAGUUAUUACCAGAUACUAUUGUAGAUGGCAGAUAUCCUCAUGCUGAUUAUAUGAUGUGUCAUCUGAACUUUUUACAAUAUGUUCUGCGUGACGGUGUAUUAUAUUUACCGUGGAAUAGAGCUAGAGAUAUAUGGAGUACUAUGGUAGCCAGUCCUAGAGCAUGUGAAUGGGACAGAGAGACAUGUUAUAAAUGGUUUAGUGAUCGUUUGACUGAUUUAGAAGCAGAUUCACAAAACCAGCUGUUUCAAAAAGAAAUUUUACGCUUGGAUGCAGUAAAACUUAGUGAAAAGGGUUUUGCUUGUUUCAAGAGUUAUUUUGAAAAUGUCAAUUUAUAUGAACAUAAGUUAAAACGUUCUGGAAACUUAUCGGUAGUAGAGAAGUGUGAUCUAUUAGGGAUAGAAUAUUUAUGGGAGAUUUGUUUAAAUGUACCUGAUGAAACUAUAGCCAGUAAUUCUAUACAACUUUUAUUAAACAUGUCCUAUACCUCACUUAAUCCACGCCUUAAAAAGGAUCCAGUGUCUUUACAUAAGAAGUUUAUAUCUGAAUGUUAUAAUAGAUUGGGGGCUGCCAUGAUAGGUAUCGGUAAAAACUUAAUUGUCCAAACUAUAUCAGCUGCUACCAAAACUUUAACUGCUGCUAUUGUUCCCGAAGUUGCCAAUGUACCAUUGCCUUCUAGAUCAGUGAAUUUACUAGCAAUAGAAAGAUUACUAUGGAUAGCUGAAGCCUAUGUUUUAUCUGUAGAAGAAUUACAUUUGACACCUCGCACCAUCUUGCCACACGGAGCUUCCUUUCAUGGAUAUCAAUUAUCAGUUACUUGUGAAUCACAAAAAGCUAUGUUUAAACUCAUGUGUCACAGUAAUGAAACAUUGGGAUCUCUACGUUUAAAAAUAUCUGAUUAUUUAAAUCAGUCAUUAGAUCAUAUACAGAUCAUGUCAAAAGAUAAACUAAUAAGUACAGCUCAGGACCAGAAAUUAUUACAUCAGUUAGAGAUUGAAGAUUGUGAGGUGGUACAGAUUAGAGUUGGUACAUCAUCAUCUUCAACAGUAACAUCUGGUACUAGUCUACAGUCAACACAAAUACGAGAGCCAACACAAGAAAGUAGUAAAUCAUCUCAGGUCACAACACAACCAGCUUCUAAACAGAUUUAUGAUUUAGAACAGGAGAAGAUGUUACCUGGUGUUGUUAUGGCUAUAGGUGGCCAGGUGUUUGAUAUGUUAUAUAGAUUAACAGAGCUUGAUGAAUCAAAGAUUACAAAACGAGUGCAAAAUUUACUGAUGUUAAUACCAACUGACCCAGCUGUAUCAGAAGCCUUAGAUUCUCUUGGACAAAAAAGUAUGAAAUCUUCUACAUCAAAUGAUGAUGUAACAGGAAUCAAGAAUAGUCCGAAAAAGUCUGCUAAUCCCACAGCCAGUCCAAGAUUGUCACCUAAAGAAACUCUAAAAUCAUUAUUUGAUUCCAGUGCUCUCGAUAUGUCUGCAUUUAGAGUAUUAUAUAACCUAGAGGUAUUAAGUGGUAAACUAAUGCCGACAACUGAAGAUGCAAGUAGUAGAGUUAGUGCUAAAACAUUCUGUGAAGAUUUUUUACUGGCUGAAGGUUUAACAUUAGUUGUUAGUGUAUUACAACCCGAGUCCUUACCAACUGAUAUUAAUUAUGAAAUACGACAAGGGUGUUAUUCUAUAUGUUUACAAAUGGCUAGGUAUUUAUUAUGUGGUCAAACUGUGACUGGUGAAAGUAUUCCACAAAUAGGAAAUGAUGAUGAAUCAGGUGCAGCUUCCCUAGCAACCACAUCACCAGCUCAUGGAUCAAGUUUAGUAAAUAAAGUUCAAUCUGCUGGUAGUCAAGCAAUACAGACACUUGGAGAAAAAGAAUUUACUAAAACAGUUUCAUGUUUUAUGAGAGUCACAUGGGCAGCUGCUGCAGGGAGACUUCACCUGCUUAGUUUUUCUCAGCCAAUCAGAGAAAGCCGAGAAUCGUACAGCUGUGGACACAGAAGUCGUCAAAGCAGCUCAGGUAGUACAGCUAGUACUAAUAGUGAUAGUGAUUGUCAGAGUUUACAUGCUGGUGUAUGUUCACAUCAAAUAUCUAUACCUACUAAAGAUGUACAUAUAGCUCAAGAGGCACUAGAAAUAUUAACAGCCUGUUUAAAACUACGAAGUGAAUUAAUAUCAUCCUUUUAUUCCUUACCCUGUGUUAGUGAUUUUGUAAUUGAUAUACUUGUUGGAUGUCCACAAGUUUUAAUUCGUAAGGCAGCAUUAAAACGUUUAUAUGAUCUAAGUCAAAUAGAAAUAAUAGUACCUAGAGACACAAAUUUACAAACACCACAUCAAUUUGUACUACAGUUAUUACUCAAGGCUUACCUCCCUUUCUGGGUGACAUCUUCAAAUACACGAGGUUCCAGUCAAAAGCUUCUCACCCAGUGUUCACAGUAUUUUGAUUUAAGAUGUCAACUUUUAGAUCACCUUUCAGUUCAUCAACAGAAGAAAUUACAGAUAGAUGUUGUAUCUAUGUUAGAAGAUGAAUUAGGAUGGUUGAGUAAUUUUGUACCAUCACGACAUGUUGAGUUAAAUAUAACUGAUAAUACACUACUAGCUGGUCAUCUUAAACUAAUAAAAACUCUAUUUACUUGUGAACAAGUCAACAAGAUUGAAAUGGGUAGUGAAUUAGUGAGAGAUUUAUUACAUGAGUUUUUAUUUCCUGCAUCUAAGUUGAUGUUGGAUAGUGUCAAUCAAUCAAAAGUAGAUUAUAAUCUAGCUGAAUUUAAUCCUAAAUGUUCUAAUACUGAAUCACGAGUAGCAGCCUAUGAAUUAUUAACAGAAUUAGCUGAUGAUUGUUUAGUUAAUUUACAACAGAUUUGUAAAGAAUUAAUACAGAUGCAUCAUCAACCUAAUAAUAUCGGUGCUAAUGAAUGGGAUUAUAUGCCACCAGUAGAUGGUCGUGCUAGUUGUGGUUAUGUAGGAUUAAAGAAUGCUGGAGCUACAUGUUAUAUGAAUAGUGUUAUACAACAGUUAUAUAUGACACCAGGUGUACCUGAAGCUGUAUUAGCUAUAGAUCAAGAUGAUCCACAAGAAGAAACAGUAUUUUAUCAAAUGCAGCAAGUGUUCGGACAUCUAAUGGAGAGCAGACUACAGCAUCAUGAACCCGAGAAGUUCUGGCAGGUGUUUAAACUCUGGGGUCAAACUAUUAAUGUGCGAGAACAGCAGGAUGCUUUUGAUUUCUUCCAGGCUUUGAUUGAUCAAGUUGAUGAACAUAUGAAGAGAAUUGGUAAAGAUGAGAUUUUUAAACAGAAAUUUCAAGGAAUAUUCUCUGAUCAAAAGAUAUGUAAGGAUUGUCCUCACAGAUAUGAAAGAGAAGAAGCGUUUAUAGCUUUAAAUCUGACCGUAAAGAAUGAUACAUUACAAGAUUCACUUGAUCAGUUUGUUAAAGGAGAGUUACUAGAGGGAGAGAAUGCUUAUUUCUGUGAAAAAUGUGGUGAAAAGAGAAAUACUAUCAAGAGAAUGUGUAUAAAGACGUUACCUUCUAUGUUAUGUAUCCAGUUAAAAAGAUUUGGUUAUGAUUGGGAAGCUAAUAGAGCUUUAAAAUUUGAUGAUUACUUUCGGUUUCCAUGGAUAUUAGACAUGGAACCAUAUACUGCUGAAGGUAUGGCUAGAAAAGAGAGUGAACUGACUGAUGAUAGUGAUACAGGAGAAAAGAUUAAUGGUGAUAUUAAUCUAAGUGAUACAAUAGAAUUAUCAUUAAGUCUUGAUUCACAACCUAAACAGAUCAACUAUGAACUUGUUGGUAUUGUUGUACAUAGCGGACAAGCUAAUGCUGGUCAUUAUUAUUCAUUUAUAAAAGAUAGAAGGGGAACUGUAUUAACUAAUCCUAAUAAAGGUAAAUGGUUUAAAUAUAAUGAUACUAUAGUAGAAGAGAUUAUAAUGGAUGAUAUUACAGUAGAACAAGAAUGUUUUGGUGGAACAUAUAAACCUAAAGUUAUAGAUCAAUCAAAUUCAUAUCCUGAAGAAAGAUUGAGAUACUGGAAUGGGUAUAUGUUAUUUUAUGAAAAAAUGGAUGAAUUAAAAACACCAGGGUCAGCUAAACGCAGUCGAAUUAUAUCUCGGAGAGUUUUACCAGAAGGAGGAAAGCGAAGUUUAGAUUCAGAUAGUUUAAUGGAGUUAACAGAGUUGGUACAUAAAGGAGAAAGAAAAGGAAUAUUUUUAGAUAAAAUGCCGGCCAGUAUACAACAAGUUAUACAUGCUGAAAAUGUUACGUAUGUGAAAGAUAGAGAUGUAUAUAAUAUGGAAUAUUUUAAAUUUAUACGAAACUUGGUAGCUAAAAAUAUAUUUCAGGAUGAUCAACAAGUUGAAUAUGGUACUAUGUGUGUUCAAUCUAUACAACUAGGUACACGCUUUCUAUUUCAUACAUAUCUUAGAACACGACAGAAAGAAGUAACUGAGCUUGACCAAUGGUUAAUCGUGUUACAAAGAAUAAUCAAAUUAUGUAAGGAAGCUUGUUUUUGGUUGGUAGAAUAUUUUGGCAGUACAGAGGGGUCAGAAUUCAUAAAGCCAUUUUUGUUGGAAUGUCCAAAUAGAGAUAUUCGUAAAAUGUUUUCUGAAUUAUUAGAAAAACUGAUGACAGCUUUUUUUACCCAUGGUGGUGUAGCAACACACAAGAGUUUUGAUCCUAUAAUAGAACAACUAUUACAUAUGUUAAAUAAAGAUGUUGUUGAUAAUGUUAAAAACUCAGUACAAUAUUUUCAACUUAUCUUAGCCUACAUACAAAUGGGAACUAAAGCAUGUGCCCAUAUGUUUGGACAUAAAGGUUUUCAGAGAUUAAUAACAUUUUUAUUGGGUCAUCCAGCUACAUAUGUCAAUGGAGAAGAACAGGAUUGUUUUAGUAGAAGAUGGAGUUCUAUACAAGCUCGUGAAUUUAGUUGUCUACAUUCAGCUCUAGCAUCAAUAAUAUUAAACUGUGACGUAUCAUCUUAUAGAACGGAAGAACUUGGAGAAUUUAAACCAAGGAUGCCACAAACUGUUCAACCUAAAAUAUUUCUUCGUAUGUCAUCUGAAAUGGAGAAAUAUAUCUUUGGAUCUGAUAGUGAACGUUAUUUAAAAGAGGUUAUACAAGCUGUACGUGAACUAGGUACAGGUAAUCUACAACAGAUAUUUGAUAUGUUACUGUAUUGUGCAUUCUGUAACACCAAGUUUAGUUUAAUGGUUAUUAAACAAUUAGCGUCCCAUUAUAUGAAUUCACCAUCUAAUGAAUUAAAACCAAUCUUUUCAUUACUCACUGAUUUACUGAUCAUAGAAGAUCCACUACAGUUAACAAGGUUGAAGUGGGUUAUUGAUGGCUGUGUUGAUGAGAAGGAUAAUAAAUAUGAAGGGUUAAUAUCUGUUAUACGCCUUAACCAUGUAUCUGACAGUAUUCGAUCAUAUCGAUGUAUAAAGUUUUUAGUUAGUUUAACAACUAAUUGUACUGUUACCAAAGAUUAUCUUCUACAAACACCUACUAAAUGGCAGUGGGCUGUCAACUGGCUCAAGAAAAAGAUGAAUAGUUCAACAAGCGCCAAUCUAUCAAAUGAAGAUACAAAUCGUAAAUCAUUCCAGAGAACACAAAGUGCACAGUACACACUAGAUGAAGCUACAGCUCUUCUGACAGAGAUGGAAGCCCUGGAAUCAAUCAAUUCUGAUAUCACUAUGCAAAGUACCUCAAGUAGUGAUGAUAAAGAUACCUCUAAUAAAACAGAAACUGAGGAACAAAAAUAAACAAUAUAUUGUACCCUGGUCAUAAAAUAAACCACAUUUAAUAAGGGUUAAAGAAUAAAAAUAACAGUUAUUAUUUGUGAAACAAUAGACACUAAGGAGUCUUUAAGUUUCUCCUAAUAUAUUGAUAUUAUUAUAAAAAUUUAGUAUUUGCCCUGAAGAUAACAACAUCAUAUACACAGUAGAUGAAUUACUUUAUUUUUUGUAAAAAUUAGGAUUUCAUUCAAAAAGAUUAGAUGCAGAGGGCACAAAGGCUUUUUUUUUAUUUAUUCAGGGUGUUGAGUAGUCUAAGAUAUGCACUAACUUUUCAACAUGGAUCUUGUUAAGAAUUACUAAUACUUGUUCCAUGUGUAAAAUAACAGUCUGACCGUUUGCUGUGUAAUAAUGGAGAUACAAGCGGAAAGAAAUAAACUAUUUAUAGCAAACAUUACAAGAAGGUUUCCCCCGACCUAGAUCAGUUCCUUGAAUAAAUUAUGACGUCAGUCACGUCACCUGCAGUAAACAAUUGUGGUUGCCUCCAGCAACAGUUUCACACUGGACUAUUGACCUCUUGUCUGUUAUCCAGGUCUCCCAUCUAUCACGACUGGAACAUUGCCGAAUUUCUGUAUUUUAAAACUUGUUGUAGUCAUAUUCAAGGAAUUUACCGAAAAUCACAAAAUCACAUUUGAAGGUAAAUAAUGAACAAAAUUUUUAAAAUAUUUUGAGUAGAUAUUUUUUAAGGUGUAGAAGUGUCACUUAUAACCUCUACUUUCGAUCUAAGGGAGAAAUUAUGUCUUUUUAGCAUGAACCUAUAGAAUUUUCAAGAAAACUCUUCAUUUUUUGGCGUUUCUAUGGAUAUCAAGCAAACCUCGGUCUAUAGCCAAAAAGCGUCCCUUAGGUUUCUUGGGCUUGCAUUUAGCAUUCUUCAUGCCAAAUCUGAUGAAAAUUCAUGAAGGGAGAACUGAGAAAUUUUGACUUUUGCUGUCAUCAGUACCCUUUGUUAUCAUACUUUUGGGCCAAGUUUGGAACGAAAUUGUAAAUAAAAUUUUUUGGGUGAUUAAUAUGAAGUUUAUCACCCCAAAUAACAAAAUAUGUCAUAUCUUAUCAACAAAAAUUUAAAAUGUGCAUUUUAGAGUACUCAACGCCCUUAAAAAUAAACUUAACUUGUUGGAGGAUUUUCGAUAAGAUAAAUGGUGUAAGAUAUGGAGAAUCUUAAAGCCAUGUACUAGAUAUGAUUUAUAUUAAAGAGAUAGGUUCAUUAUGUUACAGUGAAUAUGAUUGGUUCUUUGUACAAUAUAUUCAAAUAUGAUUGGAUCUUUUCUUAAAUUAAUCAGUGAAUGACAUGCCAAUAUAAAUAAUCUCAAUCCUACUUCAAUGGUCAUUCAAGUCAUUAUGCAAAUUACUUGUAUAUUUACAUAUUUUGUAUUGUUGGCUUUUUUCUAAACUGUAAAUAUGUAAAUAAUUUUAAUGCCAUCUGGUAUACUAUUUCUCAAAGUGCUAUUUUGCAAAUAAUGAAUCGUGUAUAUAAUUUAUAUAUUAGAGUAAUGUAGCAUGCAAUUAAAUGAAAAUAGAGGAUUUAUAUAUAUAUAUAAGGUAGCUGUUGAUGUAUUAUUAUUUGAGUGUAAGUGAGUAAUAGUUAUGUUCAAUUUACUUUAUGUACAUGAAAUUGAUGGAAGUUAUAAUUAUAUUAAAUAACAGGAUGAGUCCAUUGGGGUUUGUUAUAUUAUAGGGUUGAAUCACAAUACUUGUAAUUAUAUUAAAAUAUGAAUGAGUUUCUAGUAAUUGUAAUUACAUUAAGUUACAAAUAAAAUUAAAAGACCCUUUGGUUUAAAGACGAACUAUUGAAGCCUUAAAGCUUGACUCCAUUCUAUUUCCAGUUUGAAGUAGUGUUAAACUUCCAGCAGCAAUAUCUUGUUGAAAAAUUAUUGAACAAUAAUCCACAUAGAUUAUCACUUGAAUUAGGCAUAUAUAUAAAUUGUCUUAUUUCAAGAGUCUAUAAUUCCGCGAUAUACAGUAAUGGCAGUUUUGUAAUGACCUUCGGAAUGUUGUGAUUUAAUCUGUCUGCUUUUGAUAACUUGGUUAUCUUUUUUGUAUUAAAAGUCGAAAUGUUGAGGAUUAUAAUUAUUUUACUUUUUUACAUAUAAAUUUGUAAGAAUAUGACAUUAAACAUAAAUUUCAUUUGAAAGUUUUAAAUCACAAAUUGUAUGAAAGUACAGAAGCCUCUGUAUACAUAUUCUUGCAGUGUUUUGUUUUCAUAGAAAAGGGAAUCCAGGCAAAUUACUUAGAUCGUAAUUACCUGAAUGUGCCUUCAUUCUACAUGUGUGAAUUUCUCACGGGGAGGAGAAAUGGUUACAGAUUAAAAUAUCAAGUGAUGGCAAUCGAAAGCCUUGGAAUCCAAGACUAUUUAAAUUGUUUCAAUAGUGUUUAAUAAUUAAACUGGAAAUACACAGGACACAAAUUCUAUUGUUUAUUACGGGUGGUAUAAAUUGAGUAUGCCAUAGAAUCGUUUCCUAUAUAAGAAUAAGUGUUAUUUGUUUGAUAAUGACAGAUAUAUAAACUGCAUUUAAAUAUAAUUAUCACAUGCACUAUUUUUUUUGUUCUAUUUUAUUAGUGCUAAAAGGAUAGAUCAUACUGCACGCAGCGACCCAUCUACAUCAUACUUCCCAGAAUGUGACUCAGCCGAGCUAGCUGUAGAUAGACAGCCUAAGUUUGGGAUGAGGAUAGAUAUGUCAUUUAUUAAAUCAUUCUAGUGGAAUAUGAACAGAUUUUUCACAAUUAUUAUUGAUCACUUAAAAUGAAUUGUUGAGUUUUAGUAAUAAAAUUUGUAUUAAGUAGAGUCUGAUCUAUGCACCUUAGAAGAAAAGAAAAUUAUUGUCAGUACAUUGAGCGUCAUACUAACAUUCACACCCAAAUGACAGACUUUGCUGGAUUACAUGUAUCUAUUUUAACUAUAUUUGAGAAACAACUUGCAUUAAAAAGAAUAUAUAAAUUGAAGUUUUUUGGGGUUCUUUAGUCAGUACAUAUUAAAGUAUUAGGAAUUUAAUUCAUAUUAUUUUGGGAUUUUUUUUUGUUGGAGUGCCAAUAUUAUGCAUGUUAUGUAAAAUAUUUUUUUGUUGAAUUUUGUUAUUUUAUGCAAUGUACAUGUAAUUUACACAGGUUUCUUCAGUUAUUCUGUUUUCUUUCUUCUUUUUUUUUGUUUUAGUAAAGUGUUAUACUGCUUGUUAUAAGGUUGUACAUUUUGAUAGAAGAAAAAAAAAGAGUUUAAUCAUUUAGCUGCUGUGUGAUUUCUACUUUCUAUAAAAUGUUAUUAAUUAAAUCAGUUUAUUUGCAAGUAAAUAAUCAAAUGAGAUUUCUUUAUAAUAAAUUAUUAUGUAGAUGUGCUUUGUUCUAAAAGUAGUUAAAUGUAAAUGACAUAAAUAUUUCAAUGUUUUCUGUAAGUCUCUGGUACUAUUUAAGGUUUGCAUUAUAGUAUUUCCCUGAUGAAUUUUUGGGAUGUAAUGUGAUAAAUAUUACUGGUCACAAUUAAUUUGGUUAAUCAAUGUAAUGAACAAUUGGGUUUAUUUUGUAAACAGAAGGUUCAUUUUGGGUCAGAUUGGGGAUGUCAUACUAUGAAAUCAAACUUAUGAUAGAUAGUGGAAUUGGAAAAAGGUUAUUCUAUAAAACUUAUUUUUCUAUUAAACAAAGUCUCUAUGUGAACCAUAUUUGAUAUAAUGAUCAAUUAGAUUUUAUUUUCAAACAGUAGGUUUAUUUGGGGUCAGGUUGAGAGUAUCAUACUGUGAAAUCUGAAUUAAAGUGGAAAACCCCAACAUAUUCUAUAAAACUGUUAUUUUAAGUAAUCAUGUGAGCUUAAAUAUUAUACUAGAAAGAUAUCAGAAUUAAAAGUUUGUCAGGUUAAAUUUCGUGAACACAAGAGUCCUAACACCGCUUUAUUCAUUGAUGAUUUCCAAUAAUAUCAAUAAUGAAUUUUUGAAUAUAAAGCUCACCUUUUUUUUCAUGUGGUAAUAAUAUUAAUAGAAUAUUUGUAUAUUUCUUAUAUUGUUAAAAUACUUGUACAUCAUUUACAUUUUUCUUUCAUUUAUAUUGUUUAUAAAACCUGUCU